UCUGCCUUGAAGAGAAGUCAGUAAUCCCAGUCGCUCUCACUCCCAAGCAAUUCGCAGAUUGGGAAUAUUUCUGCCUUGAAAUGUGCACUAACAAUUCACCGUAAACCCUAACACUCUCACCUUUACAAUACUACGUCGUUUUCUCAACCUCAGAGAUAGAGACAGAGAGAGAGUUCAUCUAUGGAAGUCGCUUCCCACCCACCACGUCCAAUGCUACAUCGUUUUGGUUAUAAGGAAUCGAGGUUUUUCGCAGCACCGUCUUUGUUACCGCAGUCAUGCGCUCGGAAAGGACUUUAUACAGUGUGCUCUCCGUGUAAACAGGCGAUUUUAGGAGUUUCAACUAACUCUCUUCGAAAUGGCUAUGUAUGCUUUCCAAGAAAAAAUCGUGGUGUAUCGUGGCACUAUUUUAAGCCCAUAGAGGGUUUAAACAGACCGUCUUAUGAUAAUAUAUUGCAUAAGCCAAAUAAAUUGUCCAGAUACAUAGUUGCUAGAUCUGAACUUGCUGGAGCUGGGAACGCUGAUGCUUGGCACCCAUUAUCAGAAUAUAAGUUAGGCUCAAAGGUUAGAGGAAUGUGCUUUUAUGCUGUCACUGCUGUCAAUGCCAUCUUUCUGUUUGUGCUGAUGAUGGUGGCUCAUCCAUUUGUUCUCUUAUUUGAUCGAUACCGAAGAAGAUUUCAUCAUUUUGUGGCCAAAACUUGGGCAACUUUUACGGUCACUCCAUUUUUCAAGAUCAAGUAUGAGGGACUGGAGAAUCUGCCUCCUCCUGAUAUUCCUGCUGUAUAUGUUUCCAACCACCAGAGUUUUUUAGACAUCUAUUGUCUUCUCACUCUUGGAAGAAGCUUUAAGCUCAUCAGCAAGACUUCAAUAUUCCUCUAUCCCAUUAUUGGGUGGGCCAUGUUUUUGAUGGGUGUCAUCCCGUUGAAGCGCUUGGAUGUUAGAAGCCAGUUGGAUUGUCUUAAGCGAUGCAUGGAUCUUAUGGUGAAGGGGGCCUCCGUCUUUUUCUUUCCAGAGGGAACACGGAGUAAAGAUGGAAAAUUAGGUGCUUUUAAGAAAGGUGCAUUCAGUGUUGCAGCAAAAACCAAAGUACCAGUAGUACCUAUUACCCUUAUGGGAACUGGGAAAAUCAUGCCUGCAGGAAUGGAGGGGAUCUUGAAUGAAGGUGAUGUAAAAGUUGUUAUUCAUAAGCCUAUAGAAGGAAGUGAUGCACAAGUGCUAUGCAAUGAGGCUAGAAACACAAUCGCAGAUGAGCUCAAUCGCCAAUGACCAGAUAUUUACUGCAACAAGUUCUGCUUGAUUUCAAUGGCUCAACACUUGAUCCUUUAACCUGAAAGAAAUAUAAACUGGAAGGUAUACAAUGCUACAUGUAUUCUUAUUCUGAAGACACUCUUGCUUUCAUUGAAUCUCGUUCAAUUAAUAAACACAUGCGAUCUCACAAGCAAAUGGCGGCAUACGACCAUGGAGCCUAGCGUUGCUACUUGCUACUGGAUCACCUCUUUCAUUGCUCCACAGGAAACAGUGACUUGCUUUUUCGUUGACCACGAAAUAGAAUUAGCUCCAAGUAAAAUAUGCAAUACUGGAGCAUCUUAUAUCAAGACACCCAGCCUAGUUGGAAUCAACUGAACCUGUUAAAGUAGAAGAUGAUGUUGAGAUCUUGAUGUACUGUCUUCUCAGAUUGGUUGCCUCACUGCCACAUGAAACUGAAACCCAUAUACUGUGAUUUGUGACUCAUUCCAUUAGCAAUGUAUUAAUGGCCGUUUUAUGUGAGAACUGAACAAGUAAUAUAUAUAUAUAUACUUUUGUUAGGCUCAUUUAAGAGCUAACCCA